UGGAGGAAACGAAUCGGGUGCGUGUUAAUAAUUACAUUUGUCUCUGUCGUCACACAACUAAGUUACAAACCUGCAGAGCUGAUGUAACUGAGGUAACUCUGUUUAACCACCCUGCGGAUCUGCCGGUUAUUUUAUCCCCGUUAACUUAACAGUUAAUUAUUAUCACCCGGUGUCCUCCACCUAUCUCUACUCCAAUAAGUCGGCUACAUUUAAACACUCCGAACUCCCUUUUUCACAACCGUAGAGCUCACAGGGAUCUACGACUACGACCUGGUUGUUAUUGGUGGCGGUUCAGGAGGCCUAGCUUGUUCAAAAGAAGCAGCACGGUUGGGACAGAAAGCGGCUGUCCUGGAUUAUGUGGAGCCAUCCGUUAAAGGUACCAAGUGGGGUCUUGGUGGUACGUGUGUGAAUGUUGGCUGCAUUCCCAAGAAGCUCAUGCACCAGGCUGCUCUCCUUGGCACCGCCGUCAAAGAUGCCAGGAAGUAUGGAUGGCAGAUCUCAGGGCCCAUCUGCCACGACUGGGCCACCAUGGCCGAGGCCAUUCAAAACCACGUCAGGUCUCUGAACUGGGGUCACAGAGUUCAGCUGCAGGACAAGAAGGUGAAGUAUCUGAAUGUCAAAGGAAGUCUGGUGGACGAACACACUGUCAGAGGAUUAACUAAAGCAGGGAAAGAGAUGAUCCUGACAGCCAAGAACAUCGUGAUCGCCACAGGCGGGCGGCCAAAUUACCCCAUCGGGAUCCCAGGAGCAAAGGAGCACGGCAUCACCAGUGACGACAUCUUCUGGCUGAAAAAGUCGCCCGGGAAAACGCUUGUGGUUGGAGCCAGCUAUGUGGCUCUGGAGUGUGCAGGCUUCCUCACCGGCAUCGGCUUGGACACCACCGUGAUGGUCCGCAGCAUCGCCCUCCGGGGCUUUGAUCAGCAAAUGGCGGGUCUAAUCACAGACUACAUGGCGACAUAUGGGACAAAGUUUUUAUGGAAGAGUGUCCCAAAGAGUGUGGACAAACUUUCCUCAGGAGCCCUCCAGGUGACCUGGACCGACACCCGCACAGGGGACGAACACAAGGACACUUACGACUCGGUGUUAUGGGCAGUCGGCAGAGCCCCUGAAACCAAAGCGCUGGGCCUGGACCAGCUUGGCGUGCGCCUCAAAAAGGAGACGGGCAAAAUCCUUCUGGGCUCUGACGAAUCCACCUCGGUGCCAAACAUCUUUGCUUUUGGUGACAUCGGCGAGGGUCGUCCUGAAUUGACCCCAACGGCCGUUAAAGCGGGAAAGCUUCUCGCCCGUCGAUUGGCCGGGCUCAGCGCUGAACUCAUGAACUACGACAACGUGCCCACUACUGUGUUCACCCCCCUUGAGUACGCCUGUGUGGGUCUGUCUGAGGAGGACGCUGAGGAGCGGCACGGGAAAGACGGCAUAGAGGUCUACCAUGCUUUCUACAAGCCUCUGGAAUUCAUCGUUGCAGAGCGCGAUGCCAGCCAGUGUUACUUAAAGGUGGUGUGUGCGCGGGGCGGAGAGCAGAAGAUCCUGGGUUUGCACUUCACUGGCCCAAACGCUGGAGAAGUCGCACAGGGCUUUGCCAUGGGCUUCCAGUGUGGUGCAACAUAUUCCCACCUGCUGCAGACGGUGGGCAUCCACCCAACCUGUGCCGAGGAGGUGGUCAAGGUCAACAUCACAAAGCGGUCCGGCUUGGACCCCGCGGUGACCGGCUGUUGAGGUUAAGCACCUCGGUUUCUGAACACUAGUGAGCAGACGGGGUUCCUCCGGGGAAGUUGAACUAAGUUAGCCUGUCUCUCUCCUUCUCCAUCUCCUUUUUAAUAUGGCUCCCAAAUGGUUCUCGGCUUCACACUCCUCUCCCCGGGAACACAGUGUCUUCAUGGGGUCAGUCGCUAAGGUUCUAACCGGCUGCCCAGGAUAGCGUCACUUACGCCUCAUGCAAUAACCCGAGCUCUGAGCAUAGCAAUGCUCACGCUGUGAGGGCAUCGUGUAAAAGCACAAGGUUUGAGGAUCAGGUUAGUGAGAGUUGUGCGUCUUUAAAUAAAUGUGCUCAUUGAUCAGAGGUAAGGCCUGAGCUCAGGCUUUUGUUGAACUCAUACGAGAACUGGGGACCAAACCCCUUACUUUUCUCUGAAUAUAUAUAUAUAUAUAUAUAUAUAUAUAUAUUAUAUUCUGCAAAUAUUGUUGUUUCUCUGGCUGUACUUCCUGUCCAUUAGUCUUGGAAGUGACACAUACCACACACCCCCACAAACCCCUCCUCCCACCCCCCGUGACACUGAUGGAUGGCCCCAGGGCCGUCGCCGCAACACCGCUCCAUUUCCCAUGGACACACACAAACAGUCGGUGGGCCGCUUGUCAGUCAGCCGACCGAGACCUGGCCAGGGAUCUCCGGCUUGUUUAGGCCCCAGCAGACCCCGGACCCCUUCCUUUUCCUCCACGUCCUUCUCCCUCCAAAUGCAUGAAAGAACAGAGUGGGACUCGCAAAAUAAUUUGCUGCCUGGAUGCAACGGGGAAACUCUACCUGUUAAUAACAGCGCUUUGAGCUUUUACUAUGACUGUAAUAUUCAGCUUCACCCAAAGGUGGCACUAUCGCCCCUUCGAUUCACCCGUUCUUUCUGAGCCGAGAAUGGAAGGUGGGAUAAAGUAGUCACCGGAUAGAGAAUAGGGCUGAAUACGUUCGGGUGGCACAUUUAAUCCCUUUAAUCCCUAUAAAAGAUAUGUGCUCUUGGAAGCCGUUUGAAUGCAGACUGUCUUUAUUGGUGCCAAACUGAUACGGGUUAUCUGUUGUGUAUUUACAUUGAUGGCAGUUUAGGCCUAAGGAGCCAUCACACUUGAAGAUAAGGCAAGUUGUUUAUGUCAAUAGAGCAGUAAAAGACCCCUCAGAGUUCUGAGUGCUCCAAGCGUUGAACCCACGGACUGAACUUGGCAACUUGGGUUUAUUAUGUAGAGGAGGAGGAGGACGAGGAUAUACUGGGUUGCGCUAGAAAUCAGGGGACCUAAGAGGAGGCUGCUGGCUACAGUUUAUUUUUAUUUGAAGUCUAAUCUGCCCGUUCUGAUUAAUUAUUUCGAUGAGGGGAGUGACAGUGCGCCAGGAGAUGGGGAGAGCAAAAAGAGCGAGAGAGCGGGAGGUACCAGGUUUAUUUGGACCGGGGCCAGAGGAGAGGGAGAAGGAGAGAGCUGAGUUUCAAGCCCGGUCAGGGGGGAUUCCUGUGUGCUCUGUUCAGGGCCGAGGUGGUGACUGAAGGACCCUGACCUCCGCUCAGCAGGAACAGCUUGACUCUAUCACUCGGGAGCACAGAGGGCUCACAUGCCGCAGUGCUGCCCGGCUCGGGGGGGUUGGGAGGGGGUAGGAUGGCACAAGGAGACUGUCGGUACCAACUCGCCAACACGCCACAGAGCGGUAGCACUGUGUUGGCCCAGGGUAAUUGAGUCUCUUUUCCUGAGCUUAACGAGCCGCUUCGGAGACCCCGGGGGGGGGGGCAACAUGAGGGAAGUUAUUGAGGCCAUCAGUGUAACUGUAAUGUCUGUUUGCUUUUUACCCUCCGCUUCCCCUCCGGGUUUUCUCAUCUGCUGUGGCGGCUCACACACACAAAACGGCUUUCUUUUUAAACGACAUGUCCGUCUAGUGUGAAUAUCUGGGGGGCGGGAGGGGGUCAGGGUUCAACUUUUAGGUCGGCCAGCUAAUGAUGGCUUGCACUAAAACCCAAAACUGGGGAGUGCAGGCCUGAUGUCGCCUGGCCGCCAACUUACGCACUUGUAAAUAGAGAAAUGUAAUUUUCCAUUAAAGCUUCCAUAUACAUAAUUUAUAUGUACACUUGGGAAUGCAAGAUUAAAGUAAUGAUGCCCACCGA